UAUAUGGUUGACAAAACUGCGUAUCCAUUUCAACUAAAUUUAACAAUAUCAACAAGCACGUUAUAGUGCACGAUGGAGUUAUUUAAGAAAUGUAUUAAUUAGCCUACGUAUGUGUUAUCUUGAGAGAAUUCGAAACUAACCCCAGUGUGUCAUAGCCACGAGUCAAGUGUUGACAUUUUAGAGCUAGGUAUAUAAAAAUAUAUUAACCCGUCUAUGCAAGGUCUCCAUGAGCCCAAACACGUGGUAAACAAACGUCGCCCGCUGUUUUCAUCAGACGUGUAGUAACGGAGAAACGGCAGGUUUAACGGCAAGCAGCACCGUCCCGUAAACGUCACACUGCGCUGAUUACUAGGGAGCCCGGGAGCCCUGAGUGUGACCGUGGGGGUUUCACGCUGUGGUAGAGCAGCUGCCCUGUCCUGAAUGGGAUUCAGAGGGCACAGACUUCGACACAACACCGGUAGCAGAGAAACCACCGGCUGGGAGAAGAGGGAGAGUAUAAUUAGCCAUCAUGGUGAACCAGGUUCAGAGAGGGGACGGUAGCUGGCAGUCAUGCAAGAGCGACUCCAGCGGGGCCAGCAACAGUGGCGGGGAGAGCUCAAAGGAGAGCUCGCGGUGCUCCACACCAGUGCUGGAUGCAGACCGGUCAGACAGGCUGCGGGACAAGAUGCGGAGAAGGAUGGAGUCCGGAGACCGCUGGUUCUCCCUGGAAUUCUUUCCUCCCCGCACAGCCAGUGGAGCUGUCAACCUCAUCUCAAGAUUUGACCGUAUGGGCUCCGGAGGGCCUCUAUUUAUCGACAUUACAUGGCACCCAGCCGGGGACCCGGGCUCAGACAAAGAAACCUCCUCCAUGAUGAUAGCCAGCACAGCUGUUAACUACUGUGGCCUGGAGAGCAUCCUCCACCUGACCUGCUGCAACCAGACCAAAGAGAAGAUCACAGGCCACCUGGCCAAAGCAAAGCGCCUGGGCCUCAAGAACAUCAUGGCACUGAGAGGAGACCCAGUGGGAGCAGACUGGGAGGAAGAGGAGGGAGGCUUCAACUACGCCACCGACCUUGUUAAACACAUUCGAUCCGAGUUUGAUGACUACUUUGACCUCUGCGUCGCUGGCUACCCCACAGGCCACCCUGAGGCAGAGAGCUAUGAAGAGGAUCUCCGACACCUAAAGGAGAAGGUGGAUGCUGGAGCAGACUUCGUCAUCACCCAGCUGUUCUUCAGGGCAGACACGUUCCUUAAGUUCCUGGAUGACUGCAGGGCAAUUGGGAUCACGUGCCCCAUACUACCCGGAAUCUUCCCCAUUCAGGGUUACCAGUCUCUACGUCAGCUGGUCAAGCUGUCAAAGCUGGAGGUGCCAGAGGAGAUCACCCAAGUCAUCGAGCCCAUCAAAGACAAUGAUGCUGCUAUCCGUAACUACGGAAUCCAGCAGGCGGUGGAGAUGUGCCGCGUGCUGCUGGACACUGGCAAAGUACCAGGCCUCCACUUCUACACACUGAACCGAGAGGUUGCCACCAUGGAGGUGCUUCGACAGCUGGGCCUGUGGAUAGAGGACCCCAGGCGUCCUCUUCCCUGGGCAGUGAGUGCUCAUCCUAAACGGAAGGUUGAAGAUGUUCGACCCAUCUUCUGGGCAUCCAGGCCCAAGAGUUACAUCUACAGAACCCAGGACUGGGAUGAGUUCCCCAACGGCAGAUGGGGAAACUCAUCAUCCCCAGCUUUUGGCGAGUUAAACGACUACUACCUUUUCUACUUGAAGAGCAAGUCAUCCAAAGAUAAACUGCUGCAGAUGUGGGGUGAGGAGCUGCUGAAUGAAGAGAGUGUCUACGAGGUCUUUACCUGCUACAUCACAGGCCAACCAAACCGCAGUGGACACAAGGUGAUUUGUUUGCCGUGGAAUGAUGACCCUCUGGCCCCGGAGACCAACCUGCUGAAGGACGAGCUGGAGAAGGUAAACAGACGAGGAGUCCUCACCAUCAACUCACAGCCUAACAUCAACGGCAAACCCUCCACAGACCCUAUAGCAGGCUGGGGACCUGCAGGAGGCUACGUCUUUCAGAAGGCCUAUCUGGAGUUCUUCACCUCCAGUGAAAAUGUGAACGCUCUCCUCAAAGUACUGAAGAAGUAUGAGCCUCGUGUCAACUACCACAUUGUUAACGUGCAUGGCCGUAACCUGACCAACGCCCCUGACAUGCAGCCCAAUGCUGUGACGUGGGGGAUCUUUCCUGGCAGGGAGAUCGUUCAGCCGACUGUAGUGGACCCAGACAGCUUCCUGUACUGGAAGGAUGAGGCCUUUGCCCUGUGGAUCGAGCAAUGGGCCAAGCUCUAUGAGGAUGAGUCUCCCUCGCGGAUGAUCAUCAAGUAUAUCCAUGACAACUAUUUCCUGGUAAAUCUGGUGGACAAUGACUUUCCUCUGGAGAACUGUCUGUGGCAGGUCAUUGAUGACAUGUUUGAGCUGCUUGACGCACCCCCAGAGCCAUUCACCGAUGGAGCAGUGUCUGAAUAAAAUCCAAUCUUUUUUUUAGGUAGAGAAAGAACACUAUGGAACUGUUGAUAUUUCAUGCAUUGUCUAAGAUGCUGCUACUUCCAAUACAGAGCAUAUUCGAGAGUACAGAGUGUACUUGACAGUGUUUUUAAAGAGUCUUUAUAAAUGUUUUUAACAUUUGAGUGAAUGGAAAAUGAAAGCACGUUGUCUCAGCUAAACACAGAACAGUGACUAUUAUAUUUUUUAGCUCCAUGAUCAGUAUCUUCAUCCUCUGCAGCACUCCCAGCUGAUCUAUUACACAUGUGCUCAUAAAAUUUGGGCUUGACCCAUUCACCUUUUUUAAAAGCUUCCUUACAGAUCUCACUCAAAUGAGAAAAAAAAACUUGAAAAACAAUGAAUUGUGAACAUGCAAUGGACUUUUUUUUAAGUGCUUUUCACUAAAUGUUAUUUUCAUGGAAGACAAUCCUUCAGCAGCUAUAUUUAAAGUCAAAUUUGUAAUGCUUUUUAAUGAUGUUAUGGGUGAAAACAGUACAGAGAUGUGAGAUGUGUUUGAGUGAAGAUGAUCAUGUGAUGAUGCUAUGUCAGCGGUUCUCAACCUUUUCCAUGUUCAGGCACCCUUCGUUAACACACAUCUGAAAAGAUUUUGGUAGUUAAAUAUGAUUAAAACCACGUUUCUACAAAUGCCAGUUGGAGGAGAUAAUCUUAUAAAUACAACCUAUGAUCAGAAUAGACACUCUUACUCUUACUCACAUCAGACUCGUCAAUAAGUGAAUGAAUGAUGAAAAUAAACGAUUCCCCAUAUUUCUGGGGACCCCCUGGAACUCCCUCAAUGAUCCCUGGGGUCCCCAGACCUCUGGUUGAGAACCACUGAGUUAGCCCAUCAGGCGUGUAUCAAACCACAAAUAACUGUUACACCAUCAACCGGAUGCCUUAACAUGUUUUAAAUGUACAUCAUAUUUAUUUGUUCUGCCUCCUUUCUGAAGCAUUAAAUAGUUUUUCAGUAC